AUAGGGGCUCAGACCAAUGGCACGGCUCCGUGCGACGUUUAGGCGUGCCAGCAAUGUUGUUCUUCGUUGAGCACUGCCCCUCGCCGAUGCAGCCAUCACCUGUGUCUCUCGUACUCGGAUCUCCCCAUGCCUUUCUGAGGCAGGUGAAUCUAUCUUAGUCUCAGAAACGGUGCGCGAUCCCUCAUAAGACAUUAGGACCCUGCCGAGGCUUACAAGGCUGCUUUCGCUUAUAACGACGCAAGCCCAGCUACGUAUCAUGCGUUUGGGUCUGCUCCCUUUCCCCAUUGCCCUCCCUAGAGCACCGUGACCAUGGCGGCCCUUAACUCCAAGUACCGUGUCAUUGCCAUCACGGCCGCGUUCAUUGCGAUUUUUUUGUUGUUAGUGUCUACCUUGCACUUUUCGCGGACGUCAGCCUACAUUGCCCCCGAAAAGCAGCAGAUCAGCAAACAGCCAUCCGGCAUAAUAAACCACGGCAAUUCAGGCGACGACAACAGCGGACUCGAGCACACACCAGACGGCAUCGCACAUGCUGUCAGCCCAGAGCACGGCGAUGUGAACGGCACUGGCAUGCAUCCAGAUGGAAGCGAGAAAUUGGCUUAUGUCACAUUUCUCUCCGGCACGCUUGACCAAGACGAGGAUCUCGAAAACGACCACUACUUCCAAGCUGUUCGAAUCCUCGUAUGGCAACUGGUGCACCACCUGCCAACACGCGCCGAGAACAUCGAUGUAGUCGUUAUGGUGACACCCACCGUUUCUGAAUCACGCCGCAAGCGUCUGAUCAGAGACGGCGCCACCGUCUAUCCUGUGGAGUUUCUGCGAUCCGAGUCGAAAUGGGUGCAUGCCGCUGAGGAACGUUGGGCCGAUGUAAUGACCAAAUUGCGCGUCUGGGAAAUGACACAAUACAACCGCAUUCUCGUCCUUGACGGCGACACCGUCCUUGUGAGGCCACUUGAUGGCGUCUUCAAAGAUCCCGGUGCGCAGAUUCAACAGACAAAGCAGAUGAGCAGCUACAAGCCGAUGGACGGAGAGGCUCCUCUACCCGAGAAAUACCUCCUGGCCAGUCUGUCCGAAGUUUGGGACUCGACGCACCAAUUCCCUCCUACAGAUGGCACCGGCCUCAAGAAACCCGGCUACAUGAAUGCUGGUUUCUUCCUACUCGCACCCUCCAUCGACGCCUUCAACCACUACAAAUCGUACCUCGAGAUUCCCGACUCGUUCGAUCCGAAAUACCCCGAACAAAAUCUUCUGAACAAGAUACAUAGCUGGAAGGGUCCCAUGCCAUGGACCGAGGUCAGCUACAAAUGGAAUAUUCGGUGCCCGAACGACGUCGAUAUCGAGCAAGGCCUCGUCAGCGCACACGAAAAGUGGUGGACACAACCAUAUCUCUACAACAACGACAAAACAAAACACUGGCUGCGGAGCAGAAGAUGGGAGAUGAAGGGCUGGUACACGGCGUACGACAUGUUUUCAGGCCACGAUGAAUGAAGAUGGAUUUUUUGCCCUUUGGGCGGUAUUUCUAGAUUGUAUCACUCCCACUCACACAGUGCGCCCACAAUCUUCCAAGAUCUGUCGCACGGCGGCGUUGGAACAUAAACUGCGCCUGUAUGCAACGUGGUGGUACGCCUUAUCGGCCGUACCACCAGAGUUGGAACCUCUGCGGCGAUCGGGGCUCAGGCGCCCUGGCCUCAUGUCCUACGAUGGAAAGCCAGACCUCUUGGCUGGUCUUGGAAGUUCCAGAAUACGAGAACAGGACGAUCGCAUCUUUACAUGCAAAAUUGUAACGAUGCUACGUAAAUCUGAGGAACGCGCAAGAUGGAUGUGGUAUGGAUUGCUGGCAGACGGAUUUCAACAAACU